AAAAAUAAUACCGAAAAAGGAAAAAAGUAUUCAUUACAAUAUGGCAUUGUAUAAGAAAGACUUUAAAAAUCGAUCGAACAAUGCAUAUUUGCCACCUUUUAUUGAAGGAUACGUAGAAGAGUCCUUUCAACAGACGCUGACUGUAACAGUGACUGAGAAAGGGACAGAGACAGACAGAGAGAUGGAGAGAGAAACAGAAACACAGCAACAGUUAAAGGCAGCUAAAUCAGCUAAGAAAACUAAGCAGAUUUCUCAAACGAGUGGCAUGCAACAAGUGCAAGUGGCAAAGACGUCGGAGAAUCCAUUCUGGAUUUCAGUGAGCGAUUAUCAAGUUGAGAGAGUCGGACUUGUCUAUAGUUUCUUUCUCGAUAUCGGACAUGUUGCAGACAAGAUUUGCACAGAAUCAAAUUUAAUGUAUCUCAAGUAUUUGAGUAUUACAGACUGCGAAAUAGCUCUCAGUUAUGAUGGGCAGAAAAUAGGAUAUGGCGGCGAUAUUCUGGUCCGAGUGAAGCCAGAGAAUCCAAUGCUCGAAACAAGUUUGGAGUACAAAAUAGAAGUUAAUACUAUCGAUAACAAUGCGACAUCUAACGAUUGCCAAUCUCCAGUAUGUGCUAUCGAAAUGGAGAAUGUGAAUGUAAGACCACAAGCAUUGCAACAAGUUGUGGCAGAGUCGAUCAAUCCAAUUAAUUUGACAAUAUCUCGUCCAAAUCAACGCGUUGCCAAAACGGGAUUUCUUCAGUGGCUAAAGCAGAAAGUCUCGUACAUGUUUUACUAUUAUUAAGCUUCAAUCUUGUGGUUGACUUUAUUGUAAUUAGAAAU